AUGACGUGUGACACGUAUGUAAGGGGAAAUUACUAUACAACGAUCCACCUAUAUGUACCCCCAAAUACAAUUGGAAAAGAUGUCAUCAAACGUUGUUAUCGCACGCUAUACACACUCGCUCUGGAAUCACAUUGUACAGAUGCUAAAUUUGACAUUUUGAAACCCAGUCACUUCCAUAUAUCACUCAGCAAAGGGGUAAAUCUGAGAUAUCACUUUAUUGAUCCAUUUUUGGCAGUGGUUUCCAGUAUCGUCGCUAAAUUCCGCAGUUUCCCAGUCAUUCUAGACACUAAGGCGAUUAAUAUAUAUGCUAAUGACAGGAAGAGUAGAUACUUUAUUGGUAUUGGCGUGGCCAAUGUAUCGGCAAAGUCAAAGAUUCAACAACUUCUAGACCAACUAGACCUUGCAAUCGAACAGUUUGGCUUCUCCAAGUACAAGGGCAUUCCUCACGUAUCACUUAUCAGUACAAAUAAUGAUAUAUCCCCGGCCUUAAACAAUAGAUAUCCCGGGCAUAAUGCUUUGCUAUGGCCAGACAUAGAUCUAAACCUUAGUGAUUCAGUCAUAAAUGAAGAUCAAAUAGAUAAGUUAGUUUCGGAUUCCUUAAGUAAAAUAUCUGAGGAUGAGAUACAGGAAGACUGUACUCAGUUUGACAAUUGCAUAGUGGAUUAUGACACAGAAAUUACUUCCUUCAACGCAACAUCAGUCGUUGUAACAGUAGGAGCAAGGACAAAUCGCAUAUAUUUCAAAUGA